UUGUUUUGUUUUGAACACCAUUUUUCUUUUAUAACUCAGCGCGCUAUGUCUCAAAAACAUGGAACUCAUGUACGACGCGACGUUUUUAGCUUUCGGUAAACAUUGCUGAGUGUUGCUUAUGAUAAUCUGAAUACAUCUUUAAAUCCUGAUCUUAAAGAUUUUGUGCAAUGUUUUUGUACAAUCUAACUUUACAAAGGUCAUCGGGAGUGACCCAUGCUAUCCAUGGAAACUUCUCCGGAACAAAACAGCAAGAAAUAGUUGUAUCCAGAGGGAAGAUCAUUGAGCUCCUUCGUACCGACCCAAACACAGGCAAAGUUUACACACUGCUUACCCAUGAGAUAUUUGGUGUUGUGAGGGCGUUGAUGGCCUUCAAGUUAACUGGAGGAACAAAAGAUUACAUCAUUAUUGGAUCAGACUCUGGUAGAAUUGUCAUUCUGGAGUAUUUACCUGCAAAAAAUGUCUUUGACAAGAUCCAUCAGGAAACGUUUGGCAAAAGUGGUUGUCGACGGAUCGUGCCAGGUCAACAUUUAGCAGUUGAUCCCAAAGGGCGUGCCGUGAUGAUCGGUGCCGUUGAGAAACAGAAGCUGGUGUACAUUCUGAAUCGAGAUGCCCAAGCAAGACUUACCAUAUCAUCACCACUGGAGGCUCACAAGUCCAACACUUUUUGUUAUCAUAUCGUUGGUGUUGAUGUUGGCUUUGAGAAUCCAAUGUUUGCAUGUCUUGAAGUUGAUUAUGAGGAGGCUGACAGCGACCCAACUGGAGAGGCUGCUCAAACCACACAGCAGAUGUUGACUUACUAUGAGUUGGAUCUUGGUCUGAAUCAUGUUGUCAGGAAGUACAGUGAACCGUUAGAAGAACACGGCAAUUUUCUCAUUCCAGUACCCGGAGGCAGCGAUGGGCCCAGUGGGGUACUCAUCUGCUCCGAGAAUUACAUAACAUAUAAAAACCUUGGUGACCAACCAGACAUUCGAAUGCCCAUUCCAAGAAGGCGCAACGAUCUUGAUGACCCUGAGCGUGGUCUGAUAUUUGUUUGCAGUGCAGCACAUAAAACAAAAUCCAUGUUCUUCUUCUUGGCUCAGACAGAGCAAGGAGACAUCUUCAAGAUAACAUUAGAAACAGAUGAGGAUAUGGUGACUGAAAUCCGUCUGAAGUACUUUGACACCGUGCCUGUAGCAACUUCAAUGUGUGUGCUAAAAACAGGAUUUUUAUUUGUUGCCUCCGAAUUUGGAAACCAUAAUUUAUACCAAAUAGCUCACCUUGGCGAUGAUGACGAGGAGCCCGAGUUUAGCAGCACAAUGCCUCUGGAAGAGGGCGACACAUUCUUCUUUGCUCCAAGACCACUCAAGAAUCUUAUGAUUGUGGACGAAUUGGAAAGUCUUUCACCUAUAAUGUCAUGCCAGAUUGCUGAUCUUGCUAAUGAAGACACUCCACAGAUGUAUGCAGCAUGUGGGAGAGGGCCAAGAUCAUCAAUGAGGGUGCUCAGACAUGGUUUGGAGGUAUCUGAAAUGGCCGUGUCAGAGCUGCCAGGUAACCCAAAUGCUGUGUGGACUGUCAAACGAGUUAGUGAUGAUGAAUUUGAUGCUUAUAUCAUUGUGUCUUUCGUCAACGCUACCCUUGUCUUGUCUAUUGGAGAAACCGUUGAAGAGGUCACAGAUUCUGGAUUUCUUGGAACAACCCCAACACUUUCCUCCUCUCUCAUUGGUGAAGACUCACUUUUACAGAUUUAUCCAGAUGGCAUCCGUCAUAUUCGCUCUGACAAACGUGUAAAUGAAUGGAAGACACCGGGAAAGAAAAACAUCGUGAAAUGUGCAGUAAACCAGAGACAGGUCGUGAUUGCUCUUUCCGGUGGUGAACUGGUGUACUUUGAGAUGGAUCCAACUGGUCAAUUGAAUGAGUAUACUGAACGGAAGGAGAUGUCAGCUGAUGUGAAGUGCAUGAGCUUAGCCAGUGUUCCUGCUGGUGAACAGAGAGCGAGGUUUCUGGCUGUUGGUCUGGAUGACAACACUGUCAGAAUUAUCUCUUUAGACCAAUCAGAUUGUCUACAGCCACUGAGUAUGCAGGCUCUUCCAGCCCCUGCUGAAGCGCUUUGUAUCGUUGAAAUGGGAGGAACAGAAGCUAGGGAAGAGUCUGGUGAGGGUGGUACAAGAGGUGGGCUGUACCUUAACAUUGGAUUACAAAAUGGAGUAUUAUUGAGGACUGUGUUGGAUUCUGUGACUGGUGAUUUAUCCGACACAAGAACACGUUAUCUGGGGUCACGACCUGUCAAGUUGUUUAGAGUUAUGAUGCAGGGCUCACAGGCUGUGUUAGCAAUGUCGAGUCGGUCUUGGUUGAGUUAUUGGUAUCAGUCUCGUUUUCAUCUGACGCCUUUGUCCUAUGAAUCAUUGGAAUACGCUUCAGGGUUCGCAUCAGAGCAAUGUCCAGAAGGCAUUGUAGCUAUCUCUACUAACACUUUGAGAAUUUUGGCAUUGGAGAAGUUAGGAGCUGUUUUCAACCAAGUAUCUGUUCCUCUUAAAUUCACACCAAGGAAGUUUGUGAUCCCACCAGAAAGUAACAACUUAAUUCUAAUUGAAACUGACCACAAUGCUUAUACAGACACAACAAAAGCGCAACGCAAACAGCAAAUGGCAGAGGAAAUGGUAGAGGCUGCCGGGGAGGAAGAGCGGGAACUAGCAGCUGAAAUGGCGGCAGCCUUUAUUAAUGAGGAAUUACCGGACACAGUAUUCGGAGCUCCUAAAGCUGGGGCUGGCAUGUGGGCGUCAGUUAUUAGAUUGCUGAACCCUGUCUCGGGCAACACACUUCAUUUGAUCCAAUUAGAACAGAAUGAAUCUGCACUCAGUCUGGCUGUGUGCAAGUUUGGUAAUAGAGGUGAUGAAGAUGUGUUCUUGAUUGUGGGAACGGCAAAGGACAUGACGCUUAGCCCAAGGACAUGUUCAGGGGGAUUUCUUCACACAUACCAAAUCACAGAGAACGGCUGCAACCUUCAACUAUUGCACAAGACAACUGUUGAUGAUGUUCCUGCUGCUAUAUGUUCAUUCCAAGGUAGAGUUCUUGUAGGUGUUGGCAAAUUACUUAGAAUAUAUGAUCUCGGAAAGAAGAAACUGCUCAGAAAAUGUGAAAAUAAGAUGAUUCCAAACCUUAUUGUAAACAUUACGACCGUUGGCAACAGGAUUCUUGUCAGCGACAUCCAGGAGAGUUUCCAUUUCGUGCGGUACAAACGAGCAGAAAACAAGUUGAUAAUUUUCGCUGACGAUACUUACCCCCGCUGGAUCACAGCCUCCUGCAUUCUGGACUACAACACCGUGGUCUGUGCUGACAAGUUCGGCAAUAUCACAGUUGUGAGACUACCUCCUAGCAUCAAUGAUGACGUAGAUGAGGAUCCAACCGGUUCCAAAGCAUUGUGGGAUAGAGGCCUGUUGAACGGCGCAUCCCAGAAGGCUGAUGUGAUUUGUAACUUCCACAUUGGUGAAACCAUCCUGUCCCUGCAAAAGUCCAUCUUGAUUCCUGGUGGAUCCGAGUCGCUUGUGUACACCACUCUAUCAGGAGCUAUUGGAAUUCUUGUGCCUUUCACAUCACAUGAGGAUCACGACUUCUUCCAGCAUCUGGAGAUGCACAUGAGGUCGGAGUACCCACCACUAUGUGGCAGAGACCAUCUAUCAUUUAGAUCUUACUACUUUCCUAUCAAAAGUGUCAUUGAUGGUGACCUUUGCGAGCAGUUCAGUUCAAUGGAUCCGGCGAAGCAACGAAGCGUGGCAGAAGAAUUGGAACGCACACCAGCUGAGGUAUCAAAGAAACUUGAGGAUAUCAGGACACGCUAUGCCUUCUAGUUGCUGAUCUUGUUCGAGAAAAAAGACCAAAAUGGAUUGUGGCUUGCUUAGCAAUAUGAAUAUUAUGCUAUUCGGUUUUUUUUUAAUCGAAAGCAAUAAUUAAGUUGUAAAUAAUAUUAACAUAAAUCAAUGAGAAUCUUGCGCUGCACAACAAGUUUUGGUUGUCAAAUUGAAUCCAGGUUAUUGUAGUAGAUGAAAUGUUGUAGUAGAUGAAAUGUGUGGGGACUGUUUUUAUUGUAAUUUUGGCAGUUGUUUUGAGGCAAGGUGUGGGAUGCUAGCUUAAUAACAAUUUUUCAGAGCAAAAAAAUAAACUCAAGUGGUUAAAAAUCAUGUGAUGCUUAGCCUAGGCCUGAAAUACCACCUCAUUCCUUCAGCUAGGUUGCCCUCUCCACUAACCCAUGUCAAUAGUUUUAGAUAUGCUGCCGUGGGAAUUUUUUUCCACUGAACUAUGUACAGUAUUGUAGAGCAAUUAUGUUGGUAGGGAUUUCUAAAAAAAAAAUCAAAACAAAUUACAAUACACUUUUUACAAUACAUUAGCCAUUGAAUAUUUCUAAUUUAUUGUCAUUCAAAAAUAUGUAAAAGCUACAUAAAUUGGAAAAGUCUCUUUUUUUAAAAAUAAAAAGUUUGAGUACUGUAA